AACUCUGGCGGAAUUUUUAAUUGUCGUCAUGACUCCGAACUAUAAACAUCUUCUUUGUUGUGAAUGGAGAGGCACUGUGUACUGUAAGACAAGGUUUCUCAUGUGAAGGUUGCAUUUUAAUACACAAGUAGUUAAUAUUAAUAAUCAGUACACCGAUAUGCAGAAUAUCAUUUCAGCGCAGAAGUGUGACAGGGAUCACAAUACAAGUCACGCAGAUUUUAGUAACAGUAGCCUGGAGGAAGUUCCAGAUUGUGUUUUGAAUCAUUUUAAAUUUCUGAAGUUUCUGUAUUUAAACAACAACGCAUUGAAAAUUUUACCGGACUGUUUGUUUCAACGUCUAAACUCUUUAAAGUGGCUCGACGUUAGAAAUAACCAAUUGACAGAACUACCAAGAACUAUUGGAAAUCAUCCGUUUCUGGAAGUUAUUCUUUUACAAGGAAACAUGAUCAGAAAACUACCUUUAGAGUUAGGACUGGUGCCUAAUUUAAGGGGAGUGCAGUUUACAGGAAACCCAAUAGAAUAUCCACCUCAAGAUAUAUUAGACAAGGGAGCCCAGUGCAUUCUGAAAUUUCUGAAUGAGGAGUGGAAAAUUCAGUCUGAGUUAGAUAUAAGACCAAUUGUGGAGCCAUUUUACAAGACAGAAGAUGAAAAGGAAGGAACAAAUGUGAUAUUUCACAAAGCGGAACGACUCAAAUCAAAAUCUGCAUUUUCCUUCAGUGAUCAUUUUAAGCAUUCUGUUCCAAUAACAAGAAGAUUAAAAACAUCUUUACCAUCACUAUCUGUUAUAAGUUACAGUGUAAAGGCAGAGGAUACUACAUUAUUAGUCCCAACAAAUUCACCUACUGGAAAUUCUGGAUAUGAGCGUACAAUCAGUGACUUCAGACAGAGCAGUGAUGCAGGAUCAGCAUGUAAAGUGCCACCUGUUCUUAAGAACAACAAAAGAGGAAACACUGUCACAAGAGCUGAAUGUGAAAAGAAAGUUUAUGAAACUUUACUGAGGGAUCUCUGGAUAACAAAAAUUAAGUUUAUAUUGGAGAAACAAAAUGAAAUAAUUCAGAAAAGAAGAAAUACUGAAUUACUCCAGCAGUGGAGGAAAGAUACAGAAAAACUGAAUCAAAUAAAUAGAAUGCACCUUGAGAAUUUUAAGAAACAUGGACUCAAAAUACCGUUUGAUACAGACGAAGAUUAUAUGAAGAUACUCUCAAGAUCAGACUUACAAAAUUCACUGUCAAGAGGAAGAGCUAUCAAGUCCUUGACUGUGCACCCAAUGAUAAAGUCUAUCUCCCAAGAAAUGUCAGAAAUCUUGUCAGUACUGGAUGCUGUAGCCAACAAAGACAUCCAUACCUCAUCGGCACCACGCACAGUACAGAAAACUGCUAGUGAUGAAAUACAAAAGUUGCGUCAGCUCAAGAAGAAACUUUGGGCUCUCCGUCUAAAAUCAGCUGAAGACAGAGACUUCUGCACAGAAAGUAAAAGUGCUGCAGUAUCAACUACAAAAACGUCAAAUUUUGAGAAAGAAUGAAAAUAUCACUUCUGGUAAAACUAAAGAACUGAAACUUUCAGUUUUAACCUUUAAGAAAAUUUCUGGAAUGCAUUUCAUUUGGUAGGUCAAAUUUAAGAUUAACAGCUAUGCAGAGUCUACAGAAAAAGUAAUUUCUCCAUUGUAUGUGAAUAUAAUAACUAUAACAAUUACUCCCUAUCUUGUCUCACCACCACUGUAGGUGAAGCUGAGACUAAAGCAAAUAGCACAUUUAAGAUCAGAUGAAGUAACUGUAAAUGAUAUUUUUAAGUAAAUGAUUUCACCAGAGUUUUCAUUGAUCAAUUAAUUUUUAAUAUCUCAUUAAUUAAAUAAUGUGGACUUGCGGUAGAUCUGAAAUAGUCUUGAUUGAAAAACUUAAUUUUUACUGACCUUAAGGAGAUAAUAAUUUAUCCAAUAAAAUUAGGUAGUAUUCUAACAGUGAGUGUGAUGCUGUGUUUAACACUCUCGACAUUUGUGUGGAAGGAUGGAGUUCAAACCCUCAUUUGGGUUUUUUGGUUUUUCUAUCUUUUAUCAUAAGUCACUUCAUCUGAAUCCCAGAAUGGCGUUCUCAGCACUGCUACAUGGUUGUUCCUCCCUUAUCUUUGUCCAUUGGAGCUAGUGCUAUCCCAAAUGACAACUUAACAACAAGAGACUGGACUCUGAUCUUCCUUCCCUUGUAACAAACUGAAAUCUUCUCAUUCCAAGACAUUGUCAUUACAAAAUGCAUGACGUAAGAUAGAUCAUGAGCUAAUAAUGUGAGUUAAAUUUCCUAUCUCUCUGCAGUGUCCAGUGAAGUGAUCACAAGUGAGAGUAUUGAUAAUGAUCACUUUGUUGGAUGGUGAUGUUGAGCUCAGUGGUCCCCUUAGUUCUAUGUAAGAGGAAUAGACUAUGUGGCCACAAUGAGUUUCACUCUCUCCCAUACUUUUAAUUGCCAAUAAGCAACACAAACCUGACACGACUCUAAGCAUGCUCAUCACAUUCACAUAUACUCAAAAAAUACACUUAAGCCACAAAUUCACACUUUUCACAAUAAAAAUAUUGCGGCAACCUCUAAAUUCCAAAUUCAGUGACCCACACAGUCUUUCCUAGCAGAUGACUCUGUCCAUGCAGCUGGACCUGAACUUUCUCCAAAGAGCCCACUUGUGAUAAGCAACUGCUGACAGGAGUGUAUAGUGUUCUGUAAUGAGGACCUAGGUACUGUACAAACACUUGUGAUUGCUGCAACUUGAUAGCUUUCCAAUGGCAGUGCAUGGCCAUAUCUCAGUGAGUUCGCAUUGCAUUGUAUUUUGCAAAUAACUUGCAGGCGUCUUGUUUACCAAACAGGACCAGUCGCGUACCUAUCAGUAUGACUUGAAUGUGCAGCUAGUUGUUUUAAUGCGAACACCUAGCUGUUGUCAGCCACCUUUCAGAAACAGCACAGUAUAUUCCAUGUGAAUAAGAACAUGAACAGUAAUAAACAGGUGGUUGAACAAUUUUGAACAAAGUAGUUUUUGAUCAUCUGUAGUUUGUGCUUGAAUAAAUAAUGGUGUGGCAAAACAUCUAACCUCGUGCAUAUUUUGAAGCUAAGCACUCUGUUCUAUUGUACUCCUGACUACUUUGCCUUUCAAAUUAAGUGGUAAGUGCUCUGUGCAGUAAACACUGACAACACAGCAUGCAUACUGAAGCUGAUGACCCUGAUUCUUGAAAUUUUUUCACACAGCCCCUCUCUCCAUUAGAGUGCCCAUUGUAUACCUCUGUGCCACACAGCGUCUGCGUGAGCACCAAACGUGCAAUCCUUGUCUUCCCCUCUUCCAAUUUGUCCGGCCACACUUAUUACUGAGAUGCACCACAUGUCAGGAAAUGGCCCCACAGAGCAAACCUCCAGAACCCCUUCCGUGGUGGAAAGCAUUCCCUCUGAUCACAGCCAUGCAAAUGGGCCUUCCAACAUGCAGUCACAGGCAGUCAGCUAUAAUCAGUUCCUCACCUAAUUUGCCCAAUUCAUGAGAACUGCUGCACCCCUCGCACAGGCUCCAGCGCCAACCAGUCAACCGAGUGAAACUUCCACCCACCUCCCUGCAUUCAAUGCCGAUGACCGGCAUCUGUGGUUUUCAUCCGCUGAGGCGAUCUCCACUGAAUCAGGAAUUAUUAGUGACACAAGGAACUUCACCCCUACCAUAGCUCAGCUCAGACCCACGGUUGUAACAGAAGCUUGUGAUAUUAUCACUAACCCCCCCACACACACACACACUCUGCCCGGCAUCUACUAUAACUGAAAAAGCAACUAUGGGGUGUACGAAACCCUUGAUAUUUUGCCUUCAGCCGCAGCUCAUUCUCCUUACCUGCUUUCUCUUGCCUCGACUGUUUCCAGCAUGGCAACAAGUCUCCCAGCUGCUCUGAAGCACAGCCGGAGAAUAUGCCACAUCCUGUGCCUCGGGACACGGAGUCCAAAGUAGCCAUGCCUGAGCAGCGAGAUGGCCAACUUAACCAGUGCCCUUGCACCUGCCCGCCUCCGUCCCUUUCUCACUUCACUUCACAGUGCAGGGCUAUUACCCUCAUGGCGCACACAACCACUAAUGCACACGACAUGCAGGCACAGCCUAUAUCAUACCUCAUCGACACUGGUUCGGACUUGUCCAUCUUCCCAUGCAGGCUCCUACACUCUUUCAUGCAGGCUCCUACACUCUUUCAGCCGCAACCCUCCCUCCCCUUUCGUGCUUACCACAGCAAAUGGUUCCAACAUCACCAUCUAUGGCCCCCACAUCCGUUUUGUUGACUUUGGUCUCAUUGGGGAUUUUCUCUGGACUUUCACUGUGGCCAGCAUCACUGACCUGAUCCUAAGCACAGAUUUUCAUUCCCACUUUAAUCUUCUCCCUGACCUCGCAGAGCAUCACCUGACUGAUGGCACAUUACAUCACUCCACACCCUGUAACCACUCCGCCUCCACUUUACUGUUAAGCACCUGUCCUACUGUGAGUCUUGAUUUUUGAGACUUUAUCUUUAUAGAUCAUAAAUUUUGGUAUAUGAUAUAAUUAGGGCCGAGAAUCUAAUACAUAUGUAAUAAUAAAGUGUAAUUGGAGUUUGUACAACUAUAAUAGUUAUAAUGGUUGUUAUGUUGUUUUCUAAUAGUGACUGUAUUACAAUUCAUUUUGGUAGGAAUCCAAGAAAUGAUGGUAAACCACCUAGAGAUAAUAGGGAUAAAAAUACUAGGAAUUUAAUUUCAGUUUUUUAAUUUCUAGCUGAGGAAAUCUGAUUUAUAAAGAACAAAUUUAUUUCCUUGAAUAAUAAGAAUAUAAUUAGUCUUGGUAAUGCAUAAAUAAUAAAGUAUAGUUCCCAGAUGUUUUCUAUGACUGUUAAAGGUCUGAUU